AUGGGCCGUGACAUAUCGUACAGAAAGGUCGUGUUGCAGAAUAAGGUUGGAUUCGCCUCUAUUCCUGAUCAGAUACGCGAGAAGAGCAUCGAAGAUGGAUUCAGAAUCAACGUUCUGGUUGUAGGGCGUCGGGGACUGGGGGCCAAGACACUCGUGAACUCGCUCUUUGGCUGUGCAUUGCUGAGUGGUGGACGAGGAGACGAGAUCCACACGGUUGAGAACGAGAUUGUUGAGAAUUCAGUCAAAUUACGUGUUGGAUUGAGCACAUAUCACAACAUGGAGGAUACGAGAGAGGUGAUUGACGUCAUAAACAGUCGAUAUGGGGAGUAUCUGCUUGAAGAACAGUUGAUAUUCGAGAGAGUGGUUGAUAGACGCAUUCACGUGGUGCUGUUUCUGAUUCCUGGUGAUGAAAACAAGAAGGCUGAUAUUGAUUUACUGAAUAAGUUGAGUCAGAUCACGAAUGUGAUUCCAAUUGUGGCCAAGGCAGACAGCUACACUGAAGAAGAGAUGGAGAAGCUGAAACGGAAGCUGGGGAAGGAGAUUGUGGUCGCAGACUGCUACUGCAAUAUCAUGGCCGUGACUGCCUCUGAAAAUGAGUACGAUUUCAAUGGAAUUCUGGCUAGGGGAAGAAAGUAUGGUUGGGGAUUCGUUCCAGUUGAAGAAGUGCACGAUUUCAGUGCACUACAGCGAAUGGUGGUUUACAACGAGCACGAGGAGCUCAGGCAGAAGAUCGAUCAGAAGUUCUAUCAGAAAUACAGGCAGGCGAAUGGGAAAGAAGGAGACAGGGAAGCAGUCUUUGGGCGACUGGUUGAUCAGAUGGAGCAGAUGGUUGGAAAGAAGUUUGAGGAAAAGAAGGCUGCAAUGAUAAAAGAGGAGAUUGAUAUUGAGAAAUUCAUAUCAGCAACAAAAUUAAACCAAUUCAAAUCAACAAUGAGUGAAAUAAAACAACAGUUUUAG